GAGUAGGCUGGGCAUGCAAAUGUGCUCCCCGGGAGCUGCGGUGGAGUUGGGGGGAAGGAGGAAGCGCCGGCUACUGUUGUUUUAAGAAGGGGAUGAAAAGGUAUUUUAUGGGGGGAAGGGAGCAGGGGACUGAAACGUAACAGAUGAAGAAAUUUUCCCAGCUCCUUGGGUUUCCCGCACCGGCUGUGCCCUGGCUGUUUGGAAGAGAUCAAUGGGCUGGCCGCAAAGUCCAGCUUUGGGGUUUCCGAGUGAGCUUUGAUAGAGAAUGAACUUUUGUAACCAAGCCAUUGCUGCCUGCCUCCGAGGCAAAGAUGAUUCACUUUGGUCCCCAAACUAGCAACCUGGUGCAGAUCUGAUAGUCACCUAAAGGAACAUCCCAUGGGCCUGCCCCUCUCUGCUCUGGUGUUUGCCUGGUGGUGCCUCUUCCUGUUGUGGGCAGGAUGGCCCACAAGGGCAGACUUGAAGGUCUUGAGUGUCAACUGCUCCUGUGACUAUGACACACUGAUUAGCUGUGAAUGGAAGAUGAACAGACUCAUCAAUUGCAGUUCUGAAAUCUGGCUGUAUUAUGAACGGAAGAACGACAAUUCAAUAUUUCCAAGAUGUACUCCUAAGAGCAAGAGAGAGAACAAAGCCACCUUAUCCCUGGAGUGUGUAUGUCAAAGCAAGGUGGACAACUUUGUAAAUGCAGAUGAGUACCUCCUGCAGAUUCAGUCUGAUACACAGGUCCUGUGGGAAGAACAAAACUUCUUACCUUCUCAAAAUGUAAAACCAAGAGCGCCAAGAAAUCUCAUCUACUCUCAAGGAACUUCAAAAGAUGUCUUCUUCCUGACUUGGGACAAUAAUUACCCUCCAGAUCACUUCCUGAUUGAGGAACUCCAAUAUAUGGUUGAAAUUCAGAAAAAAAAAGAUACUACAACUCCUCCCAAAACAUUAGAGAACCUUACAGAACUCAACCUGACCUUCCUUGCUUACCACCUGGAAAAUAAAAGCACCUACACUGCUCGAGUAAGAUCAAAGGUUUCAGACCAGCAAACCUACACUGGACAGUGGAGUGACUGGAGCCCCACCGUCGAGUGGUUUAAUGAGUAUGAACAAUCUUUUCUGCAUCGCUUGGAAUUGGGGGUGCCCGUUUUCUGCAUCUUGAUCCUGCUUGUCAAUUUGCUGUGCUAUUUCGGUAUCAUCAAGAUUAAGAAAGUGUGGUGGGAUCAGAUCCCCAACCCAGCCCACAGUCACUUAACUGCCAUCAUUAUUCAGAACCAACAGCUUUCAACAUGGAGGAAACUGCCUAAAACAAAAGAAAAGAAAAAUUUCCUGCAUUGGAAGACAUGCCUUUCCAAGUUGUUUCCCUGUUUGCUCAGCCACAACUCAGCAGGGAAAGAAGAGGACCCCCACCCCCCUCUCCCCAGCAAACGAGAAGGCUGGCCAAUGGAAGCCUGCAGAGCUGUCUUACUGCCAGAGCAGAUCAGCGUGGUGCAGUCCUUAGAGCUUUAUGAGGCUGAGGUGGAAAGUGAGAAGGCGGAUGCUGAUGAUGGUUCCUUCUGCCCGUCUAUAGAGAACAGUGCAAGCAGUUUCAUACAGAACAAAGAAGCAAUCGCAGCCAGGUUUGUCCAUACGCUGUUCCUUGAUCUCCUAGGAGAGGAGACUUUUAUGCCUUGUUUUGACAAGCCAUCUGGGAAAUACAAGGACUUGGCAGAUGCAUCUGAGUCACCACCUAAGGAAAGCAAAAAUCCAGGCCACUGUGGGGACAGCCCUACCAGGCUGGGUUCACCCAUUUUCCAGAAUGGUUCCCUGAGUGAUCCCCACACUUCUGAGAGAUCUGAAACUGCCUGCCAGAAUCCUCUCACAGAGACCGCUUCUCCUGAGGCUGGACAGGCUCCUGAGCCCCAGCAAGAGCAGUGGCAGUUUCCUUCAGCUUCUCAAACUCAGGGCCCUGGGUCAGCCUCAGACUUAGCAAACGGAUCCAUUUCAGAGGUACUCCAAGUCGUUGAUGACAACCCUGCCUAUCGAAGCUUCAGUAGCCUGCUGGCCCAGUCCUUGCCCAGGACUGAAGAAGAGCCGAGCCUUCUCUUGGUCUCAUCCAACCGUUCAGAGGAACAGACGACUUCAGGAGACCCUGAGCUGCAGUGUGAGGGAAGCUGCUCAGAGGGCCCUAAAAUCCCUUCCUCCUGUGACAAUGAGCCAUCUUCUUCGCUUCAGUCAGAUGGAGAGAGCUGGGAAGAAAUCCUAAGACAGAGGGUUCUCAGACAAGAAAGAGCUGUCCCUUGCCCCGCCAUUUUAGCUACAUCAGGCUACCAGUGUUUCGACAAUGCUGUAAAGCAAGGCAGUGAGCAGAAUUAUAAGGCAGCUAGCUUUAAUCUUCCCAAAGAAUCUGGCUAUCGGUCCUUUGUGAGUCUCCUAAAUGAUUCUAGGAAAGAAACCUCUGCAGAGACCUCUGGUGGUGAGUCUGAAUCUGGAAAAGAGAAAGAGGGGUCCAGGCCAUCAGAAAACACUUCUUGCCAAGAGGCAGAGAAAGUGCCCCAGCUUCCAUUGUUCACCUUUGGCAUGGAUUUAGGAGAAGCUCUUUCUCAGAAAAACCAGCGCUGUCCUGGGCCCUCCAGCCUCCCCAAAACCAUCAGGCCCCAGGAGAUCACAGAGAAAGAGACCCCAGGUGCCAAGAAGCACAGGGACCCCCCUGCGGAGCCCUCAGUCUGUUCCAGAUUAGACUUCAGCAGUGGUAUAGUCUAUUCCACCUUGACAUGUCAUCUAUGUGGACACCUAAAGAGAUGUUCAAGUAUAGAUGGGAGUUACACACCCUUGGGCAAUUCCCAACACACAAAAUGCAACUGUGUGGUUGAGGUCCUAGAAACAUUGCCUCAUCCUCUUACAAAAGCCACAAGUUUUUGCCCCUCUGAAAUGAUGGAGAGUUCAGAGAGUGGGGUGCCAAGGACCUUUUCUAUGGAGUUUCUAGGGGAGAGCCAUUUGGAGGAAGAGUCUUCCCCAGAAAUCUGUGUGUUCCUAUGUCCUCAGGACUGUAAAGAUCCAUCUGGCUCCACCUCAGAGAAACGGAAAGGAUCCCUUCAUCUAAAAACUAACCCUGGGGGUGACCUAAACCCAAACCAGCCCUUCACCCAUAAUAUGGCAGAUUGUGAACGUGAGGGCAACACCUACAUAAAAGUUUCUUAGAUGAGGUUUGGAGAGGUAUCAGUCAACAGUGAUACACAUUUAGUUUAGGGAAUCUGAAUUUCCUUAGAUUGUGAAAUGUUUCUUCCAUGUAGACCAUUACUGAAUAGAAGCCCAAAGAUCCUUUUGAUCAUAGAAUGCCCAAGGAAAGGGGGACCUUAGAACAUAGAAUAUUGGAGUAGGAAGGAGCAUUACAGAUCUGAUCAAAUCCCAUCAUUUUAGAGAGGAAUUGAAGGCCUGAUCGGGAAGGUGAAGCACCUUGUCCUAGUUUGCUGAGUAAAUGACAGAACUAAUUCAAACCCAGGGCUUAUUAGUCCUCUGCACUAGCCCCAUGGUGAGAAGGUACCAGUUUUCCAGAUGAGAUAUAAUAGGGAGCACCUUAACAAUUACUUUUUAUAAUAGUUAGCAUUUAUGGAGUGCUCUGAAGUACACAAAUUAUCUCACUUGUCCUUCACAACAACCUGUAAGUUAGGUGCUAUUAUAAUUCUCAUUUUGUAGAGAAUGAAACUGAAGUCCAGAUCUAAUGUCAGUUAUGAGGAUUUUUGGUACUUCCCACUAGGUUUCAGCUGUAUUUUGGGAUUCUAAGUAGAAAAAGCUACUCCCUAUAUACAAUGAAAACAGCAAUAAGUAUAAGACUUAUUAUUACUUAUAGAUAAUGAGGACAUAUAAUCAAUUCCCAAUUAUCUAUUUUAUAGAUUAUCCAUUUUGUUCUGUCUUUUGAAUUUUGCCAACUCCAUUAGCUGGAGCCUGAAGUGAGAGACUAGACUUGGUGUCUUAUUGAGUAACUGGUGAAUUCAGUUCUAUGGAAGAAAACAUUUAUGAAAGUUGUGCUCAGCAAGGCAGCUAGAUGGCUCGGUGGGUAGAGCACUGGGCCUGGAGUCAGGAAGAUCUGAGGUCAGAUAUGGCCUCAGACACUUACUAGAUGUGUGACUGAGCAAAUCACUUAAUCUCUGUUUGCCUUAUCCACUGGGGAAUGAAAUGGCAAACCACUCCAGUGUCUUUGUCCAGAAGACCUCAUGGACAGUAAGGUCUCCUGGGUCACGAAGAGCUGGACACAACUGAAUCGACCGAGCAGCCGCAAAUGUGCUAAACUGCAGAGAUGUGAUGACAAAAAAAUUAGUCCUUGCCCUCAAGGAGCUUACAUUCUGCCAGGGGUGGGUGAUAGGAAGAGAAUUGGUCCGUGUAUUCUGCUAGCACCAGUUCAGUCUAGUCCAUCCCUGCACCAGGACAAAUACCAGAGCCAGCAGUGGUUGUUCCCAGAACUUCCUCUUCCAGCAAUUAAAUACCUCCGCGUUUUGGUUAGUGUGGAAAUGAUUGUGACUGGAGGCAGGGGAGAUGCUUCUUGACGCAGUCAUUCUCACAUUGACCUCUGGGGUGUUCUAACUACAUAGUCUAGGAGCCAGAGUUAGCGGAAGAUUGAAAAGGUGGGAAGAAUAUUCUGGAACUUACAAAGAUAUUGUACUAUAUAAACAUUUGUAUUUGCUAUAAGGAUUUGUUUUUUAAACUGAAAUGUGUGUGUGUGUGUGUGUGUGCGUGUGUGUGCGUGUGUGUGCGUGCGCUCAGUAUGCAGAUCAAAGCUGGGAGGUGGGGAAGGGACAGCGAUGUUAUAUGUCUGCUAUUUACCUUAAAUAAAUUCAUUUCAGUUCAA